UGAGCUUUCAGUCUCUAUUCGUAUCCUCAGCCAGGCAGGUCGCUGUUACGUAAAGGAAACAGCAGCUGCGUCUCGUCUCACCGGGAAAUUCUCCUCACUGCUGUCGCUCUCAGUCUCAGACAUGGACACUGAGCUACAGAGGCGCACACAUUUUCACUGAGGAUUUAAACUCACCUGAAUGAACUCUUGACUUGGACGAAAGAAAACCUGCGGCCACAAGACCAGAGUCCAGCCACCGGAGCUAUUGAGAUUCACCUCAGGCAAAGCCCAGCUAGGCCAUGCUCAUGCUAUGAACAUUACAAUGGUUUGGUCUGUAAUGUUGUCAGUCCUGAUGCAUAUUUUUCUGGUGUCCCAUGGUGCUCUGUGUUUGGAGCCCAAGGAGGGAGCCUCUGUCCAGGCAGGUGCUCUGAACCUACCAUGGCAGGAUGAGCUGUGCUGUGACUCACCUUCAGGCCACCUCGCUGUGGAGGAGGACGGCACGCACACACUGGAGAACCGCACAACCGCUCUGAACAACCUCUCUGAAUCAAACCUCCCACACUAUCCUCACUGCAGCUUCAGGAGCCUGACAAUCACAUCACGUCAUCACAAGCCCUCUGGCGGCACCUGUUUGGACAUGCUGUGCAGAAUUGAUGAAAACUGGGAGAGUUUUACUUGUGAUCUUCAGCCUCACGGCCCACCAUCAGACACACCGAACCUUAUGGCAGUUAGUUUACAGCGCCUGCCCUCCCAGAGCGGGGGCUCUGAGGUCAACGAUGGGAACACUGCAUCUUAUAAUCCUGUUGUCUGUGAAGCAGAGGAUUCCUUCAUGUGCUCACUUGCGCUUGACUCUACAAGCUUCGUUACCAUGGUGACCGUCAGCAUCUCUGGCGCUGUAGCUCCACCAAUUCUUCUCAGAGUUCCAGCCCGACCUGCGAAACCCAGUCCUCCCUUCAACCUUUCACAUAUCCAGACCAUCGAGGCAGAACUGAUUUUACACUGGGACGACCCAGAAGACUUUGGUUCCGGUCCGCUGAGAUAUGAGGUCCGAUACUCUUCCGACACCACUCAUCCAGCCUGGCAGAUGGUUUCUGUGCCCGGAGAGCCCAGGAUGCUUCUGGAUCUGAAGCCCAGACUGAACUACACCAUCCAGGUUCACUGCUCCAGCUUGGAUGAACCUGCACUGUGGAGUGACUGGAGUGAACCGUACCACAUCUACCUUGACACGGUGAGCUACAUCCCUGAGAAAGUGGUGGCCCGACCGGGGGAGAACGUAACAGUUUAUUGUGUAUUCAACGACCACAGCAUCAAUGCCAGCACGGCCAUGUGGAUGCUCAACUUCCAACAGCCGCUUCAUCGCAGCCAGUACCACCCAGUCAACCAGUGGGUCAGCCAGAUCACAGUGCGCCCUUCAGAGACUCGGAUGUAUGACCUGCUGCAGUGCACGCAGGAGUGGACCAUCCCUUACAGCCAGAUCUAUGUAGAAGGAGCGUCGAUUGAUAUAAACUGUGAAACCAACGGUGAUAUUGAUGCUAUGGACUGUAGCUGGAAGAACACACAGUGGACUAAACCCAAAUUCAGAUUCAGGUGGGCUGAUCUGCCAUGUGAUAUAAUGGAGGAAAGGGAGAGAGCGGGUGAGAAAGUGGGGGAGAUGGGACCUGUUUGCCUUCCAGUCCGGUCCAGGCAAAAAACCUGUACCAUCCAUCCCCUGAGGAUGAACUGCUACAAGCUGUGGCUGGAGGUGCCGUCCCGUCUGGGCCCUAUCUGGUCCAAACCUGUGUACCUGUCACCCAUAGAUCAUGUGAAACCCCACACACCAACUAAUGUGAGGGCAGUGAGCCGGAGCAGAGGGGUCCUGAGGGUCACAUGGGAACCUCCGUCUCUGCCAGUCGAGGGGCUCCAGUGUCAGUUUCGUCUCCUUUCAUCUGCUGUCAGAGCUCAGCCAGAGUGGAAGGUACAUAAUCCAGUGCGGGUGCCGUGGGCGGAGGUUGCGGUUCCGGACAUGUGCCGUGUGUAUGUGGUGCAAGUGCGUUGCAUGCACAUCAACGGCACCGGCUACUGGAGCGAUUGGAGCGACUCAGUUUACUCUACACCGGAAAAUAGCAGAGCUCCUGACCGUGGUCCUGAUUUCUGGAGAAUUCUCCAGGAUGAUCCAUACAGAAAUCAGACUAAUGUUACUCUACUAUUUGAGCAUCCCCCAAUGUCAGUGCGCUCUUACUGUGUGGAUGGGUUUAUAGUCCAGCACCAGUCCUCAAGUGGUGCUGUGAUGAGGGAGCGGAUCGAGCUGGUGUCCUCCUACAGCUUUGAGUGGAACCAGGAGGUCCAAACUGUGACUGUUGAGGCCUUCAAUAGUCUGGGGAGCUCUGCCAACAACAUCAAAAUGACAUUGGACAGACAGCCCAAACGCCGCUGUGUGCGUUCGUUCCGUGCGCUGGUUAUCAACAGCACCUGUGUGUCUCUGUCCUGGAGCCUGCUGGACAACAGCUCUAUACCUCUGUUCAUGGUGGUUCAGUGGUUGCCACAGAGGCAGCAGGACCCUGAUCACCACAAAGGCCUUAGUGGAGAAACAUGGGCCAGAGUGCCUUACACUGACCGUGCUGUCUAUCUAAGAGGUGACUUCUUUGGCUCUGAGGAGUACGGCUUCUACUUGUAUCCUGUGUUUGCUGAAGGCGAAGGGGAACCAGUGUACACCAUAGCCACCAGAGGAGACCCUGCAGCUUACAUGAUGCUGAUGAUCAUCUCCUUCCUCUCCAUCGUCCUGUUUGUCACCCUGGUCCUCUCCCAAAACCAGAUGAAAAAGUAUGUGUGGAAGGAUGUGCCCAACCCAAACAAAUGUUCCUGGGCUAAAGGACUGGACUUCAAAAAGGCUGACACGUUCGACCACCUUUUCCAACCCCCAGAAGGCCUGCCAGCCUGGCCGCUACUGCUCCCUGCUGAGAACAUUUCCAAAGUCGUCAUUGUGGAAAAGACUGACCUCUCAGCUCUGACCACAGGCUUGGUCCAAACCCCGCUUGUAUCCCUAACCCCUGACACAGCCACUGCUUUAGCUAUCUCUCUUCCUUCAGGGUUUAACUCUGACGUCGACCAAAGCCAAUCCAUGGACAUUGAGGCACUCCUGGGUGGAGCUCACUCCUUAGCCCUUGGUUUGGAUGCUUUAACCACUUCAAGCCUGAGGAUGGAUGAGUUACAGCUUGUCGACCUCCCACCAGAUCAGGUCCCAGGCACCAAUGACACCUCUGCUCAUUCUUCAGUCACAUACGCCACUGUGCUGCUCACUGAUAAAAAGCAGGAGCAGCAGCCUAUUCAUCUCCAUUACAAGGAUGGUAGUGGCAGCAGCUCCAGUGAUGAGGGCAAUUUCUCUGCCAACAACUCAGACAUUUCUGGAUCUUUCCCUGGUGGCCUGUGGGAAUUGGACAGCUGCCGAGGUGGGGAGAUAGACGACCCGCGGUGCUCCUGCUCCUACAAUUCCGUGGAGGAGCUUUCUGAAACAUCAGAGCAAGAAGAUGAGGAGGAGCGGAGAGAAGGGAAGGACCUGUAUUAUCUAGGUAUGGACUAUCCAGUGGAGGAUGGGGAGAGUGAGGGAGAGGAGAAGAGAGAGGAGGAUACAAAAGCUGAGCUGCUCAAAAACGUCGUUUUGAACAGAGAGGCCUGCUCUGUGGAGUCACACCCUUUGCUCGGCCCUGUGGACUCGAACGAGCCCAGUGAGAUGCUGUCAGCGUCAACACGUGGCUUUUCUCCACUGUACAUGCCUCAGUUCAGAACUGCUCCUUGCACGAGGCAACUCACAGAUUAACCACAAGAAACCAAACCCCAGCUAUGACUCUCACACAAGCUGCAUUCAUAUAUCAUCUAUUCCUUCAGACAUAGUGUGGUGUGGAGCUGGAUAAUGUAAAAAUACCUCCAAUGAUGUAUGACUCAAAGUUGAUCUUCAUCACUGCUGCUAUUGUGUGGCACAAGCCUCAUUUAUAGGCAUUUCUUUCUUUCUUUUGGGGGAUUUAAACCCUAGUUUCUACUGUGCCAAACAGCUCCGUUGCAAUCAUGUAGCAGUGAUUACUGAUGCAGGAGCACUAACUGAGAAAAAUGAGCUCAAACAUUUUCAAAGGAGGUUAGGCUAUCAGAAGAAUAUGCAGUUAAUGUUCAUGGAGAGCAGCAGCCAACAACUAGUAUAGUGGUCAUCAUAAUCAAGCUCUGUAUGACUACAUGUACUCAUCUGCUCACACCAUAAUGUUGAAAAAAAGCUGUCUUUGAUUCUCUGCUGAAUUCUCUCAGUUAAAUUUUAAGUGAAACAUGAAAGAGCUUCAAAGAGAAUACAUAAAUGCAUAGAAAGCGAGAGAGAAAAUGCCCAUAAUCUCUUAGUUUUGGUUUUCUCAAAUCACAUUUGACUGUGAAGUGAAGGCCCAACUGGGCUGUCAGUUCAAAGAUACUGUAUUGGUGUGACUAAAUGAUGAAACAGUUGUUAACGAUGAGUAAUUGCAGGUGAUUUCUGGACUCGUCAUUCUCUGCAUCAGUAGGCAGCUUGCAUUUCAAACAUCUGCAUGGUCUAAAUCACUCACCAACCCAAAGAAUGUCUUUUUGUACUUUGUGCUGAAAUGUAUUUGAGACUUUGUUACAGUAUGUGAAAAAUAUAAUAUCUAUUUUUUCCUGUGCUUGGCCAUUUUGAUGUACAGCUGCUGUCUGGUGCAAAUAAAAGACAAAAGAAUGUAUAUUUGAAACCAGAAGAAGAAAUUAAGAAAUUAAAUGUCAUGAAAAUAUUGAAACGUAAGUGGACAAAAGUUGCUAUUGUAUAUUUAGAUAUUUUGUCUAUUUUUCAUGUUGAAAAUAAAGUAUUUAUUGUGA